AGCAAAGAUAUUUAACGAAGCGACUUUACGCCGUCGCUAGGAGCGAAAAGAUGAGGGUGUCUUUGGGAAGGAUCCUCGAGCUCAUCCGACACUGAGUUUAAAGAAGACCAUUAACACAUCCUCAGCCUCAGUGAAUAGUUUUGAAGAAUAGAAAAAAGGCAGAUCAAAACCAUUUAUAAUUGACUUUCAUGGAGUGCAAAUACUGGAUUUUGUGGCAUUUUUCAAUAGGAUGAAAUCCUACCUACCAAAAAUAUUGCCUUAGGGUAAAUUAACAUAAUCCAAGUUUUGAGGGCCAGUUUCUUGUCUUCCUUUGUUUUAUAAUCUCUCCUGUGGGAGAUGCGCAUCUAUGGAGUCCAGUUCUGAAAACUCCACAUUUGUUGACACUAUCGUCUCUACGGGUGAAUUGUUCCCCUUGCAACACUUGACAAAAGCGUGUCGAGGGGAUUUAAAAGCUCACACUGCUAAGAAGUGCAUCAUAUUUAUCUGAAAAUGUUCAGCACUGGUGAAACAUUUGUAAACUUUUAGACUAUUUCGUCCAUUCUCAGUUUAGCUUCAGUGGAUAGCUGUGCUGUCAUUUUCUGAACCUCAAGGAACAGCUGUGUAUACAACUUUUGAAUACUUUUGUUGUACAUUAUGAUGUUGCAUAAACAACAACACUAAAAUACUAAUUAAGUAAUUUAAGCAUUUUUCAUUUAUUUAACUCGAGGUUAUUUUAUAAAAUAUAAGUGAAAUAUUUUUGUAUGUAUAUUACAUUUAUUAAGUACUAUUACUAUUUAAAAAAAGGCCUACUUGCUGCUUCAAGUCUUAUUUUAGUUAUUUCAAGCAGCUAGUUAAUUGUUUAUUAUUAGUUACUACACUGUAACUUUUCCUUUUUUGUUGUUGAAUCGGACACUGUUUUCAAGCAGUGCUAUCCAUCCCUUAUACAGGCGGUCAAUAUGACAACUAUAAGACAAUAAGCACUUUAGAAGUUCCUGUCAGGUCUGGAGGCAUUUUGGAAUUGAACUGCUUUGACUGGUUUCCAGUUGUGAGGCAUUCUGCAGAGAGGAUUUGCAUAAAUAUUUAUAUGGCAUCUUUAAAUUGCAGAUCAUUGCAUUCAGAAAUUCUGCAUAUUGCACACUGAACGUGUGAAAUUAAUUUUGACAUCAGGGACAGUUGUUUUUUUUUGGGGUUUUUUUGUUCCUUGUGGAAAAAGUGACAGGCAAACAACCCAAUCACACCAAAACGCAGUCAGUCAAGCAAGUUGGGUCUCUGUGUGCGUGAGAACAUGUACAAGUAAGCGUGUGAAAAACCGGUCAUACUUGCAGUCAAGCAUCAGAGCCUGCAAUGGAUGUAUUCCAUUACACUUCAUGAGCUCCCAGCCGCAUGCCACAGACCCGUCCGUCUGCUCUUAAGACUCUUGUGCGCACGUCCACAAGAUAAUCCACUCAGAGGCGAAACACUGACGGGGCCCCUCCCCCAAAUUUAAUGAUGCGCACUCCGGAUUCCCUGAGCCCCGCCCCGGCGGAGGCUCUCCUGCACAGCCAGUUCGGGGGCUGGGGUGGAGGCGGGGCCGACGGGAGCGCCAGCGGCAGCAACGGCAGCAGCUGUCCCAACAGCCCGGGGAGCGGCAGUGCCCCCACCGCCUCCAGCUACGCCCUCACCCUGACCCCCUCCCACCUGCACAUCCAGCGGCUGGCCCCGCGGUCCGGGAAGGAGGCCCGGCUGCUGCUGCCCCUGGCGGAGCUGGCGGGGUGCAGCUGCCCGCGCGCGCCCGCGCCCCCCCUGCUGGUGCUGUACUGGUACCCGCCCGGCCGGCGGCGGAAGGGCGUGUCCCGCCGGAGGCAGGUCAGGGCCUACCUGGCCGAGAGCCGCGUGGAGGCGGAGAGGUGGUCCGCCGCCGUGCAGUGCCUUCUGAGAGGGGUGCGUGUGAGCUCCACUACAGAGUUCAGCAGAAGCCUGCUUCCCCGCCCUCGCCGCUUGCUGCUAUUGGUCAAUCCGUUCAGUGGGCGCGGCCAGGCUAUGCAGUGGUGUCAGUCUCACAUCCUGCCUAUGAUCAGAGAGGCCAACAUCAGUUACAACCUCAUCCAGACUGAGCGACAAAAUCAUGCCAGGGAGUUGAUCCGGGAGAUCUCCUUACCCGAGUGGGAUGGGAUAGUCAUCGUCUCUGGGGAUGGACUGCUUCACGAGGUCAUCAAUGGCCUGAUGGAGCGUCCAGACUGGGAACAAGCGAUAAAGACACCGGUUGGCAUACUGCCCUGCGGCUCUGGCAAUGCCCUGGCUGGCUCAAUUAACCAUCACGCAGGAUAUGACAUGUGCCUUCGGGAGCCCCUCCUGCUCAACUGCUGCUUCCUGCUCUGCCGGGGAGGGGUGAGGCCCAUGGAUCUGGUUUCUGUGACGACCAGCCCCACCUCUUCCCAGAACGGGCGCCCGGCCCCUAGGCGCCUCUUCUCCUUCCUGUCGGUGGCUUGGGGCUUCGUUUCGGACGUGGACAUCGAGAGCGAGCGAUACCGAGGCCUGGGCUCGGCCCGGUUCACCCUGGGGACGCUGGUGAGGCUGGCCUCUCUCAGGUCCUACAAGGGCCGGCUGUCCUACCUGCCCCCCUGCACAGUGGCCCCCUCUCCAGACACCACCCCCCCGCCCCAGAAACGACUCCUGUCCAGGAGCAUCACAGAGGGGCUUGAGGGGUUCUGCCGGACCCCCAUCCAUAGGACGAUCUCAGACAUGGGUUUGAGCGAGCAGAGGAGCCUGAGGGAGGGGGAGCGGGAGAGGGAGCGCCAGCGGGAGAAGGAGGAGAGGCAGAAAGAGAGGCAGAGGAGGCGGCAGAGGGCGAGGGGUGUCGGGGUGACCCGGGCGAGCAGCCUGGCAGAGGACCGGGAGAGGGAAGGGGCGCUGGAGGCUGAAGAGCAGUCGCGCGCGUGCGGCGCGGACGUGCCGGAGACAGAAGAGAUGGACGAGAGUGCGGAUGAAGGGAUGUCUGAGAAGACUGGACAGUCAGAGGACGAACUGGAUGAGCAGCUCUCAGAGGAGAAGACUGAGGAUACCAUGAGGGACCCGGGUGCUGAGGACACCGAGGAGCAGCGUGAGGGCGUUGUAGAAGCGAGGGAACUAAGCGAAGGGUACGGAGUGGACAUGGGGAAAGAGGCUGACGAAUCCGAGGGGUGUGACCCGUACCUCAGCGAGCAGCAGAUGGCCCGGAGGAGCAUGCGCAAAAAUUCGGCUCCUUCCAGCCAGAUAGCCAGCGCCUUUUUUGGUCAGGCUUCAGUGCAGGGCUCCUCUAGUCUGGAGGGCGCUGCCUCUUAUGGUGAUGAUGAAAUGGACAUGAAUGGGACAUAUUUCCAGGGGGAGCCCUUUCCCUUAGACGUAGCCAGAGAACGGGCCCUCACCAUUUCCUCGCCCUUCCGCCACUCCCCGUUCAUGUUCAAACCCAAAUCUUUGGAUCGGAACCAGAACGCCUCCAGGCCCCGACCCCUCUCCCUCCUCCACCACCACUCCCACACCAACUCCCUCCCCCCAAAACUGCCUUCCCUCUCCCUCUCUCCGACGCCUCCCCCGUCGCCGACGUGCUCCUCGCCCCGCGUGUCCUCUUACCUGACCCCCCGUUCAAACACGCCAAACUCUCCGUCCCCCCCCCGCCACUCGUCCUUUACCUUCGACCUCGCUGACCCUGCCAGCCCCCUCAAGAACGGAAGUCUCGCCAACGCUGCCUUCAACCCUCCACGGGACGACCUCUUGCCCCCCCUUGACCAGCCCCUGCCCACCCGGGAUUGGGUGACCAUAGAGGGGGAUUUUGUUCUAGUCCUGGCCCUCUACCAGACCCACCUGGGGGCUGACCUCCACGCCGCCCCUCAGGCCAAGUUUGACGAUGGCCUGAUCCACCUCACCUUCGUCAGGGCGGGAAUCUCCCGGGCCACCCUGCUGCGGCUCUUCCUGGCCAUGGAGAGGGGGGCUCAUCUGUCCCUGUCCUCGCCUUACGUGAGCCACGUCCCGGCCCGGGCCUUCCGGCUGCAGCCCCUCUCCCCCCGUGGGACUCUCACAGUUGAUGGGGAGCUGGUGCCCUAUGGACCCCUGCAGGCCCAGGUCCACCCAUCCAUGGCCCGGCUCAUCGUUGGGGACGCAGGAGUGACCAUCACCAGAUUCUGACCUGGGGUGGGGGGUGGAGGGGGGGGCAAUUUAAGAGUUUCUUAACUGACUGUAAUUUGCAAUCUGCAACAGAAGAAAGAGAUUGAAGUAGCCUGAAUUGCAAUAAGUACUUUUCCUGGAUUUGCUAAAGGGAUCAUUGCGUUACACAGAGUGGAUUAAUGCUGAUUUUUACAGAAGGGAUGGAAAAGGCCUCGAUGCACAGCUGUCAGAUUAAAGGGAGCUUACUGUCGCACGACUUUAAAGUGUGAAAACUAAGAACUGUAAAGCAAACGCAGUGUGUGAAUGUGUGAUUGUCCACAGGUGUUUAUGCAUGUUUGUAUAUAUUUUAGUAUAUAUACAUGCAUAGGAAUGCCACCUGUCCCUGCCUUAUUGAUGAAAGCUGCCUUCAAACGGCUAGCGGGAGCCACAGCCUCAUGCAAACUGGGCCCCACCCAUAGCUCAUAUAUGCCAUUUCUGGAUUGCCUUGUCCUGCUGUGGAAUACUGUAGAACAGGGAUCAGCAAAUCACGGUCCUCGAGGGCCAAGAACUGCUGGAUUUCCACCCUCCCUAAUACCUGGGAGUCAGGUGUGAAGACAGUCUGGCCAAUCACUAAUACCUGGGAGAAAAGAAAAACCAGGGCUGGAUUUGGAUUUGAGGGCCUGAGUUGAUGAUCCCUGCUGUAGAACCUAAUAACACAACCUCCCCAACCCCCCCCACCUCCCGACUCAUUUGUGGGAAAAUCCCUGCUCUUUCUCAGCAGACCCAUAUUGCUCAAAAACUCCGUCCACUUUUUGAAAGUAAUUUCCACAGAGUGAUAGAUCUGAAAUAUUUUAAGUACGGUGUCAUUCUCUAAAUACAGGACAUGACUGGUAACCGGUGUUAGAGGAAGAUGUUGCCACAGAUUAGAAUGCUCUUGAAUCUAGUUGUUAAAAGUACAGAAAUCAGUGGUAGAAAUCUGUCCAGACAUUCAAAUCGGCAUCUGAUUUGUGGUCAGGGCUGGGAACAUAUGGAAGGGGGAAAGGGAGAGAGAGCUGAUGCCUUUUUCCAGAUGAAGUCUUUAUAAUGACUCAGAUUCUGUGCUCUACUACCUUAAUUAUGGAAUUUGCUUGCAUCCUAAAAAAUAGCUUGUUCUCCCUGCUAAUGCACAUAACAAGGAACGUAUUUAAUGUACUUAAUGGCUUUGUCAUAUGCCUCUGUCUAAAGUAACUGACCAAUUCGUGGACUCUUUAAUUUGGGUCUGUUUAUGGAGCAGUGUCAUGUGAAACACUAAUGUUUACUGAUUGGGUAUGAAGUGUUUCUCCUACCAUCCAUUAGGCUACAAGCUACUAGUUGCUUGUGGUGUGGACAAUUUUGAAUGAAUUUGGGUCUCCUCUCGUACACAAUCUUUUAAACUGUGGCUUAAUUAAAAUAUUAAUAAUUGAAUGUUUGACUGGAAACAUUUCUGUUUUUCAUUUUCAUUGCAUUAACUUUAUGGAGGAAAAUAUUCAGAAUGAACUGAAUUGACAUCAGCUUCCAACCAACUACAACUCGUAAUGUUUUAACUAAAGAAAAACUACUUCUAUUGUGCAUUUUACCUACUACUGCAGAUUUAUCUCUGGAUUGGUCAUUUUAGUCGUACUGGCUCUUGAUGGUGGCCUUGACUGACAGAAGCCAGAUCUUCUGUAAAAGACAUAAAUGUUAUUUUGCAGAUUGCUAGGAGAUUCAGAAAUGUAAAUGACACUAUACUUGGUUGCGCUUGGUAUCUGCCGGCUCGGAGUAGCACAAGGCCUACUUUAUGUUUCGGGCUGCCGAUUUAGUACUGCUGAUAUAGUGCAAGUCCUAGAAUGAUAAAAGCAUCAAUCACUGGUCAUGGUAAAUAACAACUCUCCAUUUUUGCCAUCUACAGGUCUGUUGGAUGUGGAAUAUGUGUAUCAAAUAAAUAAGCUGAAUGUUUUGUUUUGGGCGGCUACAAUGUUCAUGGGUAUCUACUGUAAACCAUCUCUCAGUUGUUUUUUUUUGUUGUUGUUUUUUUUGUUUGUUUUUUGAGGCAAGUCAUUCAUGAUACUUUUGUUGUGACAAAUGAAGCCUGCUGAACUAUCACCACCCAUGGCUGGGAUUUGAAGCAUAUGUGUUAGAGCAGUUUAAGUGGAGUCUGACCCAUCUCUCAGUAAUGCCAGUAAGAAGAUGUCUUGUCUAUAGCUGAUUCUGCUUGUAAUAAAAUGUAAUUAUCACUAAUAUAUAUAAAUAUAUACAAUGUACAGUUGAUAGUUAUAUAUGGUUAAAAAUGCAUUUUUUCUCAUAAUAAAUUUAACUUCAAAAGUA